UAUCUCAUUACCAGAAUGGUUAGCAACAUGCAUAUCUUUACAUCCAGUACUGUUCAUCUCAUCCUCAUUUUUUCCUCUCUGCUUGGUACUACAUCCUACCUACAGCUUAUUAAACCCGUUUCAUGCAUGAAAAGCUCAAUUUUCAGGUGCUCAGAGGUGGAGAGAGAAGCACUUCUUGGCUUUAAAGACGCUCUCAUAGAUCCAUCUGGUCGUCUCUCUUCUUGGGUUGGUGAGGAUUGUUGCACUUGGAUAGGCGUUGGCUGUAAUAACAUCACACAAAAUGUCGUCAAGCUUGAUCUCAGAAACCCAUUUCCAUUGAGUGAAUUUGAUUCUUUUAGUGAAGAAAUCUGGAUUGCAAACACAGAUGAACUUGAGUAUCAUCGUAGUGAAAUAGCAAAAGCUUACGCCAAGUCGUGCCUGGGGGGUAAGAUAAGUCAUUCAUUACUCAAUUUAAAGCAUUUGAGUUACUUGGACCUAAGCUUGAAUAAUUUUAGUGGAAGUAGUAUUCCAAAGGUUUUGGGUUCAAUUGAAAGUCUGAGGUAUCUCAAUCUCUCUUUCUCAUUGUUUGCCGGAGUUGUUCCUCCCCAACUUGGGAAUCUAUCAAGGCUGCAAUAUUUAGAUCUCAAUUCACUUUCUUUUGUCAUCAGCAGGGUCGUUUUCGUUCCAAGAUUGGAAGUCAAAAGCCUAUUGUGGUUAGCUGGUUUUCCUUCUCUCAGGUACCUUAAUUUGGGAGACGUAAAUCUUACAAAAGUAACAAAUUGGCUUGGUGCGGUUAAUAUGCUCCCUUCCUUGGUGGAGUUACACCUACCUGGUUGUGAACUUGUUGGUCUUCCUCACUCAAUUUCUCCCUUCAACUUCUCAUUGCUUUCAGUCCUUGAUCUCCCUCUCAACAAUUUUAACUCCACCAUACCUCCCUGGUUGUCAAAUUUGAGUAGCCUUUCAACAAUCAAUCUUGCCAGCUGUUCGCUCAGAGGUGCUAUUCCAGUUGGUUGGGGAUAUCUAGACAACUUGCGUAUAUUGAAUUUAGGUUUAAAUAAUUUGAUUGGAAAGAUACCAAGCUCAUUUUCUAACCUUUGUAACUUGCAAAAUUUAAAACUGCCAUUCACAACCAUCAGUGGGGAAAUAACUGAGUUUGUGGAUGGCUUGUCUCAAUGUUCCAACAGUAGCCUUGAGCAUCUAGUUUUGAGUUACAGUACGUUGCUUGGGGGGAACUUGCCCUACUCAUUCGGAGGACUCAAGAAUUUGAAAACUAUUGAAUUUAUUGAUUGCUCUUUUCGAGGUCCAAUUCCAGAUUCUAUCGGGAAACUAUCAAUGCUUGUAUCAUUGCAACUAAGUGGGAAUUCAUGGGAUGGUGUCCUCACUGAAGCUCAUUUUCAAAAUCUCACUCGAUUAAAAUAUUUGGGCUUGACUAUGGAAUUUUCUACAAAUCAGACAUUGGUUUUAGAUGUCAAACAUGAUUGGGUUCCUCCUUUUAAGCUGACAAAUAUUGAAUUAGUAAACGUGCGGAUUGGCAAUUCAGAGUUUCCAGCAUGGCUAAAAACACAAAAUGAACUCAAAUUUCUUGAGCUCGUCAACGCCGGCAUUUCAGACACCAUUCCGCUUGGCCUUUGGAAGUCUUGCCCAAAUGUCAGCUAUUGGAGUCUAUCCGGUAACAAACUACGGGGGCAGGUACCAUACUUUCAAUUUCACCCUUCGGCAUAUCUUUUUGAUUUGAGUUCCAACAACUUAGAGGGUCCACUCCCACUUUUUCCUGGGAAUCUAAGAUCAAUAUAUCUCAAUAAUAAUAUGUUUUCUGGACUUAUUCCCAAAAACAUGGUUGAGUUAUUGCCCAAAUUAUCUUUGUUGGACUUGUUUUCAAAUUCAAUUACGGGUAGAAUUCCACACUCUCUUGGAAUGCUACAGGAAUUGAGAAUCCUUAUUUUGAGAAACAAUUCCCUAUAUGGGGAACUCCCCCAUUAUUGGAAGGAUUUACAGCAGUUAGAGUUGUUGGACUUAUCAGAGAACAAUAUAUCCGGCAAUGUGCCAAGUUCAAUGCAACAUCUGAAUACACUACGACACUUGUCAUUGCGCCAAAAUCAUCUUGGAGGAGAGCUUCCCUCUUUCUUUAGAAAUUAUAGAAACAUGGAAAGCCUUGAUCUUGGUGGAAACAAAUUCUCUGGAAAACUUUCAGCAUGGAUAGGAGAAAGCCUACCAUCUUUAGUGCAUUUAAGCCUAAGGUCCAACUUGUUUCACGGGGACAUACCUCAACAGUUAUGUCUUCUUUCACACCUUCAUAUCCUAGACCUUGCACACAAUGAUUUUUCCGGUGCAAUCCCUCAAUGUUUAGGAAGCUUCUUGAUCAAUAAUGAUGAAAGUUGGGGAAGUUACUAUGCUCAACAACUGCUGGUUUCUAAAGGAAGAGAAUAUCUAUAUGAUAGUUCAAUUAUUCAUCUGCUCUAUUCCAUAGACCUUUCGAGUAACAAUUUAUCUGGAGAAAUACCUGAAAAUUUAACAAGCAUCUCAAAAUUGGCCAUCGUGAAUUUUUCAAGGAAUCAUCUUACUGGAAGAAUUCCUGAAAAGAUUGGGAAUUUACACAUGUUAGAAUCGCUUGAUCUCUCAAUGAAUGAGCUUUAUGGUCCUAUCCCUGAAAGCUUGUCUUCUUUGACAUUCUUAAGUCACUUGAAUUUAUCAUUCAACAACUUGUCUGGGAAAAUUCCAAGUGGGAAUCAACUUCAAACACUUAAUGACUCUUCUAUCUACGAAGGUAACUCUUUACUCUGUGGGCCUCCUCUUUCAACCAAGUGUCCCGAAGAUGAAACUAAACCAAGAGUAACAACAAAUGGUGGUAACCAAAAUAGAAGGGGAGUUGAGUCAUUCUCGUUUUGGAUUAGCAUGGUAGCUGGGUUUAUUGUUGCAUUUUGGGGAGUUUGUGGCACACUAAUCAUCAAAACAUCAUGGAGACAAGCUUACUUUCGCAGCUUUGAUAAUUUGAAAGACAAGAUUGCAGUGUUCGUUAUGGUCAAAAUUGUUUGCUUACUAAGGAAGGUCGAGUCAGAGAGAAAUUGAAGCUGUGGGCUAACAUAGUGCCACAAUGUUUGUGGGUAUCAUUUCUGUUAAACCCUCACGAGACUUCACUCGUCCAUUAGGGAUGCCUAGUGGUUGAAAAGGCUUGUUGCAUAUGCCAAAUGCAACCAUAUCUCCCACGACAGAGGAUUUAUGUUUCAUGCUUUUAUUUUUAGAUUUUUUUCCUUAAUAUGUAUAAUUUAUGUAUUGUAAGUUUUUCAGGUUGUUGUAAUAAUGUGUGAUCCAAGAUGCUUCAAUCUUCACUUGUCAAUGUCAUAUAUAUGAAUAAUUUUUACAA